UAUGAACAACUGUAAACCUACUUUUGCCCCACUCUGUAUAAGCAGUUAUAGCUCUGAUUUUCCCAGGUUUCAAAAACUAGCCCUGCCAGCAAGAGGUCUAGACAGUGCUGCUCUCUCAACUAAGAAGAAGGGAUAGGACCUUUAAUUACACUAUUUUUAUAUAUAUAUAUUUUUUUAACCUGUGAGGAAAUUUUAAAAAUCAAGGUUAGACAGUCCUUUACCAUCAUUGUUAUUGGCAAGGUAGUUUGUAGCCAUUGUAAAGACCAGAGUAUUAACACAAAGAAUAUUCAUAAUAAGAACCUUCUGAAAACUUUUUAUCAAAGUAAAAUCAAAUGAUAGAGAAUGGCUUAUAAUGAAAAGGAACUUUCCUGCCUUAGCCUUUCCCAUUCCCAGCCUUUUCCCCGAGGUUAACUACACUUAACCAUAAUAAUAUAGUAAUUAUUAACAAUAGCCUUGUUAUGCCCAUCUCUUCUUGAUACAAUAAUUUGACUUUAUUCCCUCCUGUUCUUUCACCUUAUCACAACAUCUUAAUACUUCUUACAAGUUUUUCUAAAAGUCAUGGUUAUUGUGUAAUGUAUAAAUGUUAUGAAACUAGCUUAGAUUUUUGUGUGUGAAUACUUUCUAGCUAAUGUUAGCGGAAUUUAGGCAUCUGUUUUUUGUGAAGUGAUUAGAAUUUCGAACACUGUUUUCACGGGUCAGCUUCAAAUGUGAUUAUGAUCUCACUUUAGGGCAUGUGGGAUUUAGACGGGGUCAGUGAAAAUGAUGAAAUUAUCAGGGCUGCUUUGGAUGUUAAGUUCAUUGCAUCAAACCUGAGCUGCGUGAGCUGCCUAGAGAUCAGAGCUGUCAUUUGUUUUGUUUUACAAUGUGUUUUAGUAAGAGAUUUCAUUUACAUCAAAUGAUAGUCUUUCAUAAUGCUUCAGAGAAAUGGGUAAUGCUAUGUAAUUCUGAAGCUUUGAUAGGUGUGUUUUUGUUUUAUUUUUCUCCCAAAGGCAAUUAUUUAUACUCAGAGAAGGAAACCACUGCCUGGCAUUCUCACCAGCUUUCCACCUGCCAUGAUCAAGUGCUUGUCAGAUGAAGUACAAGCCAAAUUGCGUUCUGGUUUGGCUAUAUGCUCCUUAGGCCAAUGUGUGGAGGAGCUUGCCCUCAACAGUCUUGAUGCUGAAGCAAAAUGUGUGGCUGUGAGGGUGAACAUGGAAAUCUUCCAAAUUCAAGUGAUUGACAAUGGAUUUGGGAUGGGAAGUGAUGAUGUAGACAAGGUGGGAAAUCGUUAUUUCACUAGUAAAUGCAACUGCAUACAGGACUUGGACAACCUGAGGUUUUAUGGUUUCCGAGGGGAGGCCUUGGCCAGUAUAGCUGACAUGGCCAGUGCUGUGGAAAUUUCAUCCAAGAAAAAUGGAACAGUGAAGACUUUUAUGAAACUGUUUCAGAAUGGAAAAGCCCUAAAAGCUUGUGAAGCUGACUUGACUAGACCGAGUGCUGGAACAACGGUAACAGUGUAUAACCUAUUUUAUCAGUUACCUGUAAGGAGGAAAUGCAUGGAUCCUAGACUGGAGUUUGAGAAGGUUAGGCAAAGGAUAGAAGCUCUCUCACUCAUGCACCCUUCCAUUUCUUUCUCUUUGAGAAAUGAUGUCUCUGGUUCCAUGGUUCUUCAACUCCCUAAAACCAAAGACAUAUGUUCCCGAUUUUGUCAAAUUUAUGGACUAGGUAAGUCCCAAAAGUUAAGAGAAAUACAUUUUAAACACAAAGAGUUUGAGCUUAGUGGCUAUAUCAGCUCUGAAGCCCACUACAAUAAGAAUAUGCAGUUUUUGUUUGUGAACAAGAGGCUAGUUUUAAGAACGAAAUUGCAUAAACUCAUUGACUUUUUAUUAAGAAAAGAAAGUAUUAUAUGCAAGCCAAAAAACAGUUCUGCCAGUAGGCAAAUGAAUUCAAGUCCUCGGCAUCGGUCUAACCCAGAACUCCAUGGGAUAUAUGUAAUCAAUAUACAGUGCCAGUCCUGUGAAUAUGAUGUGUGUAUGGAGCCAGCAAAAACUCUGAUUGAGUUUCAGAACUGGGAUACUGUUUUGGUUUGCAUUCAGGAAGGAAUGAAGAUGUUUUUAAAGAAAGAAAAAUUAUUUGUGGAAUUAUCAGGUGAGGACAUUAAGGAAUUUAGUGAAGAUAAUGAUUUUAGUUUAUUUAGUGCCACUCUACAGAAGCAUGUGUCCUCGGAUGAGAAGUGUGACAAAGUCAGUUUCCAAGAAGCAUGUAAUAAUAUUUUAGAUUCCUAUGAAAUGUUUAAUUUGCAAUCAAAAGCUGUAAAAAGAAAAGCUACAGAAAACAUAAACACACAGAAUUCUAGGGAUUCAGAAGCUAUCAGAAAAAAGACAAAUGAUUCAUUUUUGUAUAUUUAUGAAUCAGAUGGCCCAGGUCAUAGUAAAAUGACAGAGUCAACUUUACAAAACAAGGAUAGCUCUUGCUCAGAAUCAAGGGUCUUAGAACAAGAGAGAGCUAGAGCUUCAGAAUCAGAAAAUGAGAAACAUAAAAAAUCUUGCUUGAAACUUAACUCUUCAGAAAAUCCAUGUGGAACCAGUUCAGAAAUGUUUGCAAGCCCUUUCCAGACAUUAGAUCACUUUGAGGAGAGUGGAGAAGAUCUAGAAAUACAGAAAAUAAGUACUGCUGUUGAUGGCAUGGCUACUGACAUCCUGAAAAAGAAUAGAAUUCAGAAUCAGCUAGACACAUUUAAAGGUGCUACUGAAAUGGGACACCAGCCUCUGCCUUUUGAGACAAUGUUAUUGGGAGUACAUGGUGCUCAGGGGGAGGAAGAGAAAAGAGAAAAAGAAUCUAGUAAUUGUGGAAGAAUAAACGUCUUUAGUUAUGGACAAAUUAAAUUAUGUUCCACUGGCUUUAUAACUCAUGUGGUACAAAAUGAACCAACUGAAACAGAACAUCUAUUUAAAAACUGUGUUCGACCCGGUCCUGUGAGUGCCAAAGAAACACUUGAAAAUAGAACACGCCAUUCAGUGGAGACUCCAGACAUCAAAGAUUUAACCAGCACUUUAAGUACAGAAUUUGCUCAACUGCCCAACCAAAAAUUGCGCAGAGCAAAUAUAGGUUAUAGGCUAGAGAAUAACUCUAUACCGACUUACAGAAAAUCUGCUAUUUUGCAGGAAGGUAGUAAAAAAUUACACCCAGGUGGCCUGUUACCGGACAUAUCCCCUUUCUCUUGGUGUAGGCACAUUUCAGAUGGGAGUGGGAGAAAAGGUAAGUCGGUUGGUUUCUCCAGACCCAUAGCCCCUAAGAAGCUAAGCUUAAAUUCACAGCUAGGAUCUUUAGAGAAGUUUAAGAGACACUAUGGGAAGGUUAAACAUCCUCUGAAUACAGAACCGGAUGAAAAUAAUUUUGAAAUCAAUACCAAUCUCAGUCCUCAGGUCGAACCUGGCAUUCCACAGAGAGACAAAAACCACUUAGGCAACGCUGAUAUGUGUAAAACCACCCCUGUGAAACACAAUGACUCCAGUAGUAGUUGUCAACCAGUAAGCCACAUCCUUUACUCAGAAAACUUCCCAUUCUCCGAGGAAGAAGACUGCUUACAACACCAGAUGCCUCACUUAAGAGAAAGUCCUAUAAUUCUAAAGGAUCUGCAUCACUUGAACAGAAAACCUUUGGAUGUGGAGAAAUCACCUGACUCACUAGCCUCUAAAUUAUCCAAAAUGAAAGGUUCUGAAAAAGAGACUCAAACAGUGGAGAUGAUGAGUCAUUUUACUGAACUUCCACAAGCAGAUUCCAGUAGGAAAGACAGUGACUUGUGCAGUGGGUUAUCCCUAGAUUCUUGUAUGUUAUUUAAAAAUGAGCAUAAAAAAACAGGGAGUGUCAUCAUCCCGAUGUUAGACUCUGUCACACAGGAUAAUUCUUCCAAUAAAGAUAGUGAAACAUAUUCUAACAACAGUACAACAGAGAACUCUGUGGUACCAGAAACAAAUUUGGCAGUAGCCAAUAAUAAUUCUGCAGUUAUUAGUAAAGAUUCAGAUGUUCUUACAGCUUCGGAGCAGCAGAUGAGAAGUCCUAACUCUCCCAGAGGAAUGUUAAUGGAUCACAGAGGCGAUUCCACAACCAACCCAAGUGGAAGUUGUUUGCAGAGUGAGGACUCUAUAGCAGGAACUUGUUCUGGAAAUGAAGAGUCGAACACGUGUGCUUUGGGUUGGCAGCAGCAUUUCGAUGUAGCCCUGGGAAGAACGGUUUAUGUCAACAGAACAACUGGCCUUAGCACAUUCGUUCCUCCUCCUGAGGACAUUCGGGCUGCUUGUACUAAGGAUCUGACAACUGUGGCUGUGGAUGUCAUACUUGAGAAUGGGUCUCAGUACAGGUGUCAUCCUUUUAGAAGCGACCUUGUUCUUCCUUUCCUUCCUAGAGCUCUGGAAGAGAGGACUGUGAUGAGACAGACUAACAGAGGUACUGUAGAAGAUGCUGUUGGGAGUGGAUCACUUCAGUCCUUGUUCUCGGAAUGGGACAAUCCAGUAUUUGCCCGUUAUCCAGAGGUUGCUGUUGAUGUAAGCAGUGGUCAGGCUGAAGGCCUAGCUGUUAAAAUUCACAACAUCUUAUAUCCUUAUCGCUUCACCAAGGACAUGAUUCAUUCGAUGCAGGUUCUCCAGCAAGUGGAUAACAAGUUUAUUGCCUGUUUAAUGAGCACUAAGACUGAGGAAAGUGGCAAAGCAGGUGGAAAUUUGCUAGUCUUGGUGGAUCAGCAUGCUGCCCAUGAGCGUGUUCGUUUGGAGCAGCUUAUUAUUGAUUCCUAUGAGAAGCAACAGCCACAGGGCUCUGGUCGGAAGAAAUUGCUGUCUUCCACUGUAAGUCCUCCACUAGCGAUAACAGUAACAGAGGAACAAAGGAGACUCUUAUGGUGUUAUCACAAAAAUCUGGAAGAUAUGGGCCUUGGAAUUAUAUUUCCAGACACUAGUGAUUCUCUGGUCCUUGUAGGAAAAGUACCACUCUGUUUUGUAGAAAGAGAAGCCAAUGAACUUCGAAGAGGAAGAUCUACCGUGACCAAGAGUAUUGUGGAGGAACUUAUUCGAGAGCAAGUGGAGCUACUCCAGACCACAGGAGGCAUCCAAGGGACAUUGCCACUGACUGUCCAGAAGGUGUUGGCAUCUCAAGCCUGCCAUGGGGCCAUUAAGUUUAAUGAUAGCCUGAGCUUAGAGGAGAGCUAUCGCCUUAUUGAAGCUCUGUCCUGGUGCCAGCUGCCAUUCCAGUGUGCUCAUGGGAGACCCUCCAUGCUGCCAUUAGCUGACAUAGACCACUUGGAGCAGGAAAAACAGAUUAAACCCAAUCUUGCAAAACUUCGCAAAAUGGCCCAGGCCUGGCAUCUCUUUGGAAAAGAAGGAUGUGAUACGAGGCAAAGCCUACAGGCAUCCAUGCCUCCUUGUGAGCCACCAUGAGAACAGAAUUACUGAUCUGUAAGGAACCAAGGGGAUGCUAACGAUAUGCCUCUGAGCAGAGCAUAAACAGCAGGUACCAGCAGUCGUGACGGAACCCGCCCAGGGCACCUGAGCAACGUAUCAGUCUUCCUUGAGGAGAUGAUCCCUCUAGUUGAGUAGCCAGAUGAAAUUCAAGCCUAAAGAUACUUCAUUCGUUUACAUCCAUGGACACAGGAGGUUGCCCUAUAAUAUCUACUUUUUGUAACUUAUUUAGGGAUAAAAUUUUAAUCAUUUAUUCUCUGUCUGGUUGGUUGGUUUGUGGUUUUCUUGGGGUGGGAUGUGGGAUUUUUUGGUUUGGUUUUGCAGUUUUUUCCAGCCUCAUAAUUUGCAUUGAUGACCAUUUACCUGAUGCUGAACUCCGAGGAACCAGGUCUGCCUUUCUAGCCUGCCCGGGGCCCUGCUGCAUUCCCCUCCCUUUCCUUCAGGCUUCUUGGCUCCCCUCUGCUGCUGCUUACACUCCAAACCUCAGACUUGAAGAGUUUCUCUGCCCUCAGGAAACACUCUGCCGUCUUCCAUCAGGCCUAUAGUUAGAUUAUUUUAGGGAUCAAAGCAAUUGAUAAAGAGAAACAAGGACAAGGAUAGAGGGAGAAAAUUGAAGUCCUUGUCUUCGUUUUUUGUUUUAUCGUCACUUUAAGAACUCUGACUGAUGUUGUUCAUAUCCCAAACCAGUAAAACAAUGCAAGUACUGUGAACUUGUUUUUUAAAAUAUGAUUUUUUUGUACUUUAUAAAGUAUCUCUUUAUGUGAAAGCAAUUUUCGUAUUAAAAUGCAUUUAUUCUCAACCUA